UGUCUCACUUGUCUCCUCUCCUUGCUUGUUCCGUAGAAAUAAAAAUUUUCUCGGCGAAUAAAAAAAUGAUUGCGGCAUCUUAUAAUAAAAAGUGUUAUACGUCGUGAUAUAAAUCGUCGGUGCUGCUUUGAAUCGAAUAAUUAUUACAAAAGAUCAAUAUAUUAAUAAAAAAUGGAAGGUGAUGCAGCGGAGUCCGCAAAUGCAAAAUCUUAUUCGGGAAUUCCUGAAGCUGUAUUUGUAGAUAAUGUUGAUGAAUUUAUGAGUUUACCAGAAAACUCUGAAGGUGUAGAUAAAGUAUUACGAAAACUCGACGAACAGCAUGGCAAGUACAAGUUUAUGGAAUACACCCUAGCAACCAAAAGGAGGCGCUUGAGGCAACAAAUUCCUGACUUAGCUAGAUCACUUGAAAUGAUAGAGAAAUUGAAAGCGCAGAAGGAAGAAAUGGAUACUCAAUUUUUAUUAAGUGACCAAGUUUUUGUUAAGGCUAAUGUACCACCAACUGAGAAGGUAUACCUGUGGCUGGGAGCUAAUGUGAUGUUGGAGUACUCUUUAGAAGACGCUGAGAAGUUACUCUCUACCAAUAUGGCAACUGCUAAGAAAAACUUGGCCUGUGUAGAACAUGACUUGGAUUUCUUACGUGAUCAAUGGACAACCACUGAAGUAAAUAUGGCAAGAGUGUACAACUGGGAUGUGAAAAAACGUCAAGCCGCUAAAGCUAACUCAUAAACUAUGCUAACCAUAAACUAUAGCACCUAUCAGAAAAAAGAUAGAUUUAGUCAUAGGUACUAUUUUAUAUGAACUAAUGGAACAAAGUGUCUUUGGCAAGUUAUUAUAUUAUGAUUAUUUAAUAUUAACAGGUGUUUUAAUGUCACAAGUUGCCAGAGAUUGCAUUUUAAGGGUAUUAUUCCGCACUAAGUGCAUUUACAGAUUGAAACUUGCUUCAUAAUAGGAGUUUUAGCAGAAUAUGUAUUUCUUUAGUUUAAAACACUAAAGAAAUAAAGUCGGAUGCUUUUAAAUGUUCCAGUGUGUUACUUUUGAUGUUUUCUAAACUAACAUAUUUUGUUUUUCCAUAAUGAACUAUGAUACCCUGGUGCUUUUAUUAACUUACUGAAUUUAGUUGUACUAUUCAUUGCUAAAUGUUUGUACUAUGUACAAUUGUACACUAUGUCUUAGGCAUGUCCAUAUUUUAAUUUGUGAAGCCAUAAUUAUUCUCAAGUUGGCCAGUUCAGAUUACUAAAUGUUACGGAUUUGCAAAAUGCUUAAUACUAUUUAUUUACAAUUGAAUUGUUGUGUUCUCUGGAUUUGUUGUUCACAGGAUUUUGUAAUAAAUGCUUGCUUUUAA